UUAUCUUGCCAGUACUUAAAGGCACAACUUCCACAAGACAAUUUAGUAUAAGCUCGUCAGAAUUGUGGAGGUGACGUUGGAAAAGAUUACCUGGUCAAUGAGUAUUGUGCCAUCAGCUACAGCACAGCCUUUGAGAACAAUAUGCGAGCUUGGGUACUACUUCCACUUUUAGUGGCCGCUGUUUUGUCAGCUCCACAGUAUGGCGACCAAACAGUGCCAAUCACCAGAGAACAAUGGGCCUCUCUAAAUCCAUACGGCUCAUCUGCGUCUUAUCCGCCUGAAGAAUAUUCGACAAUGAAAGAGUUGGAGAGGCAAUGGGCCCGUUUUUAUGACUACCUUCCAUGGUUGACAGGACCUGCAGGGCCGUCCGGACCUGAGGGACCAGCAGGAUCACCAGGUGCACCUGGAAUCGAUGGAUCUUAUGGUUAUCAACCUGAGCUCAUUCCUGGCCCUCCUGGAGCACGCGGAGGACCAGGACCAGCAGGACCUAAAGGAGAUACCGGUGCUCCAGGAGCUCCUGGCUAUUCUGGAGGGCCUGGACCACAAGGUGUUGACGGUAAACCAGGAGCACCUGGCUCUCCUGGAGAGAAAGGAACCCCAGGGUACAAUGGCGCACCUGGAGCUCCUGGUAAACCAGGAUCCAAGGGAGAGAAGGGAGGAUCUGGCUAUAAUGGCGCACCUGGUCUGUCUGGUGGUCCCGGCCUCCCUGGCAAAAACGGCUACCCAGGAGGACCUGGACCUCAAGGAUCAAAGGGUGAUGCUGGUGCCCCAGGUUAUACUAUUCCUUCUGAGAUUCCUGGCCCCUCUGGUGCUCCUGGCAUCCCUGGAAAAGACGGAGCUCCAGGAUAUCCUGGUGGUCCUGGACCCGCUGGCCCAGUCGGUCCUUCUGGCCCACAGGGACCUAAUGGCAAACCCGGUGCAAACGGCUUCCCCGGAGGACCUGGUCCUAAGGGUGAAGCAGGGCUGAACGGCCUUCCUGGCGCCCCUGGCAAGGACGGAUAUCCUGGUGCACCAAGCAAAAUACCAGGUCCCGCGGGAUCGGUGGGUCCAGCUGGAACUCCUGGUUCUAAUGGCUCACCUGGCAAAGAUGGUUUCCCAGGCGCCCCUGGUGCCCCUGGCAAAGAUGGUUUAAAUGGAACUCCUGGAUAUACAGGUGCACCAGGUGAGCAAGGCAUACCAGGUAAAGAUGGUCUACCCGGCCCUGAUGGAACUCCUGGCUCUUCUGGUGGACCAGGGCCAGUUGGACCACAAGGUAAAAUAGGCUCUACUGGUUACCCUGGUGGGCCAGGUCCAAUUGGACCUGUCGGCCCUGAAGGCCCAGCUGGUCCUCAAGGCAAAGCGGGAGCUACCGGUUUUCCCGGUGGUCCUGGCCCUGUUGGGCCAAUCGGUUCCGUUGGACCCGUAGGACCUCAAGGCAGGCCAGGCUCUCCUGGUCACCCAGGUCCUGUUGGACCUCAAGGACCAGCUGGUGGCUCUGGAAAAUCUUACCCAACUUAUGGCCACAAUGCGCAAGUGCCGAUCUAUGGACCUCCUCGUCGUGGCUAUUAAUGUUACGGAUAAAAGCAAUUGAAUAUCUAGAUCUAUUUUGCUAUAAAGACAUAUACGUACAUAAAUAUACGGAAAACCAUUCGACCCACA